AUGAAAGUGAGUCAUUAACACUAAUACUGCAUACGUCUGCAUCGUUGUGUGUGUGUGUGUGUGGACGUGUUUAUCUAUACUUGUGGGGACAACUGGGGACAUUUUGUUGGUCCCCACAACGUCAAAUGCUAUUUCUAGGGGAUUUAGGGUUAAGGUUAGAAUUAGGUUAGGGUUAGGAGUUAGGGAAUAUACGAUUUUGAAUGGGACUGAAUUGUGUGUCCCCACAAGGUUAGUUGUACAAGACUGUGUGUGUGUGUGUGUGUGUGGCCUCUCUGCUUGCAUGCAUACUCCUGUGCCUGUACAUGCGAAUGUCAGUGUGUGUGCUGGUGUGUGUCCAUGUGGAGUAGGGAAAGAGGGACUGGGUAGAAUAUUAAGACCCCCUCUGCCUCUCCCCACAUAGCCCUUGGACCACUCUGCAUGUUGUCAUGUAGAUGACCUUAGGAAUACUGACUGACAAAACGACUGUUCCUUUUAUUAUCAUAGAGCAUCGAUCUGUCUGACUUGUUAUAGUGAGGUUGAUGUGUGCUUCAAGCAGAUUACAUCCCUGGCCCAGCCUAAUAGCUACAUUUUUGAAUUUUGAUAUAUCUGAAUGAUCUACUCUCUGGGUUUCGCUCUGUGCAAAAGGUCAUUGGCAGCAGUAAUUGGAGUUCUGAGGAGCAGAUGGAAAAAUUGCUGAGAUAUUAAUCCAAGGUAUUUUCCUGGCAAUGAAUGUAAGAGCUGGUUAACUCAAGAAGAAUAGUCAUCUUUGCUUAUGUCACUUUGUCACUGAAUUCAUAGCAUUAUAUAUAUUAUUUUUUAUUAUUAUUCCGAUUCCGCCUAUUUGUCUUUUUUUAAUCAAGAUUUACGAUGUCCCAGCAUUUAAUCCAAUAUACAGGAAGGUAUUGAGACAAAGCCAGUUUUCACUUGAGUAUUGGAAUGAAGUGAUUUACCUAAAGGCCAUUGUGAUUAAGUAAUGAAGUGAGAGGCUGAUUAAACUGUUCUCCUGGGCUGUGGUCUUACAGUCUACCUGUGUGAGCAAGCUGCCUGGCCAUUGUGGCCAGCCCAACCCAGCACAGAUCAACAGCUCAGCUCUGUUUAUUAGUGGUAUAUACACUACAGUAUUCACACUGUACUAUUCUGCUCUCUCUCUCUCUCACACAACUCCCUAUCUCUCUCUCUCGCUCAGUUCUGAAUCUGCUGGGGCUCAACUGGCAGCUGAAACCGGCCGAUGGUCACCUGAUCAACAACGGACUGAGCACUGGGCUACCGGGCAGGAGCGACGUGGCAACAGUGCCCUCCGGAGGCAGAGGUAAGAACAGCCAGAGUCUGCACGGCUACCGCCCCUGGCCAUGGUGCUCAAACCAUCCACUACACUACACUGAGGCUGCAUGGAUGGCUGGAAACUGUACUGGGGGCUCUAACAACUAGUGAGGCCUGCAGAACAAACUGGUCUGGUAGCUCUGGGCUAGAUUUGUUUAUGAAUGGAGGGAAGGAUGUAGUGGAAACCUACAACCUGCUAAUGUGCAAAAACAAACAAACAGAGAAGAACAAGAAGUGCCUGGCUUUCAUUUGUUGAUGAACAAAUUACAACGAGUUCUCCCUUUUCUGCUGUCGGGAGUGUUUGAAUCAUAUUGAAGCUUACCCUGUCUAGUGCAAAACUCCUAAUAGAAUACUAAUCACAUCAACAGAGCUUACACAGGUUCUAUUAAAGGAGCUUUGCCAAUUGCAUUAGAAUUCAGAUGAUUUACCUUGUGCUUUGAAGUUUGCAGUUGGAGCGUAUUCAAAGGAUGACACAAGGCUGACCAUCCGUCCACCAUAGUGCAUGUAAUGCCUCAUUUCCCUUGUGAAUUAGUAACACAUUAGAAAGGAAGUCUUCAGCCCUCAGAUAAAUCCUUAGUAAUUCCUCACACAUACCAAUGCACAUUUUGUUUGAUUGCUGUUAAAACGCCAUAUCACUCCCUCCUGUCUGUGGAAUUUGCUGGCUGCGUCAGAAGCGCAUCUUAAUUUAGGAGGACUGUAACGACACAUUCCAUCUAAUCCAGCGAGAGGAGGCGUAGUGUGGGCGGAAGGAGCUGUGAAAUCGCUCUCGGAGACUCGAGCUGUGAACUCGUCCUCUGAAGUGUUUUUCCAACAGUGUGACGUUGGCUUUGAUGGAGGGCCGCUGGAGUGGCUCUGAGGAGCCGCCAAGCACGGGCUGUCUGAUGAGCCGACACGCACUCACACACACAAACACACAAACACACACACACACACACACACACACACACACACAAACACACUCACACACUGCAUGUCUGUGCCAAGCUAGUUUGUUUACGGCAGACGCUGAAAUUGAGCGUUUGAAUUUGCUGGGCUUCAUGUCAUUAGAGAAGGUUGUGGAAAGGACAAGAUAUGAGUGAGAGCGCAUCUGUCAUCUGUUGGGAAUGGCAUCAAACACCUCUCUACUGAGAGAUACAGCAGUCAUGUUGGGUUCUCCGGGAUUUGACAGGACUGGGAACAGUUUUUCAUAAGACUGUGUUGUGAGGCAGACCUCAGACUAAACGGUUGAUGCCUCCCUAACCUCCAGGGCUUGGAUCCUGGUGUCUAGAUGAGUUGAGGUCACUCUGCAGUAAAGACUUAGAGAGGGAGCUGUGAGACUGUGCUGGAGGCGAGCCAGAGCAUUGUGGUUAGUGUGAUUCUCUUGCUGUGUGUCUGUGAUCCUCACUGUCAGGAGGACUUUGCAGAUCUGCCUGAUGUGUUCAGGAGGAAUAACACCCCUGCCUUAAUACUGUGGGAGGAACACAUCGCUACCCAGGACCUUGUUUCUUUCUCUGUCUCUCUGUAUCUCCCUUCACUCUCUCUCUCUCCAUCCCAUUCUCUGUCUAUCUCUCUCCCUCAUCCAUUUUUAAUACAGCCAGAGGUUUCUCAGCUAGGAAAAUAAACUAUUUUGGGUUAACUGCUCAAAAACAGAGAGGGAUAGCAAUGCUUGCAGUUAUAGUUAAUACUAGGAACUUCAUGUUCCUGCACCAAUUUCUCAAGUGUUUUCAAGGGGAGAUACAGUAUGUUGCACUACAAAUGAUGGUGGACUACAACGAUUUAGCAAAGUCUUCACUAUUGUCGACCCCCUCAGUCCCAUGAGAGCUGCAUGACAAACAGGUCUGGGAAUACUGCCAUCCUCCUCUCCGAGGGAGGAGGAUAAUGGUAGCAGAUCUUUAGUUCCUCGCCGUCCCCAUAGGGAAACGGAGCUACAGGAGCUGUGUGAUGCUGCAUCCGACAGUACUACAGUGUAAACAUUCAUCUAAAACCCUUUUACUGUGUGAGAUGAUUAAUAGUGUCGUAAAUACACACCUUAGUAAAACAGCAUCUGUAUGUUGGUUUUAUCCGCUAUGAAACACAAAUAUUUGCAUUGCCUCUCCAUAAGCUGGAGACAUUGACUUUCUUCUGGGUUUUAUCACAGCAGAGGUGUUCUUUCAACAGAGAUCUGAGGGAUACUCACAGGGACCUUUACCUUGGAUUUGAUAUGUCUAACCUACUCUUUCUCUCGCACUCUCUCUGUCUUUUUCUUUCCCCUCAUCCUCUCUCUCUGUUAUUCUUUCACUCACCCCCUCUCUGUCUCUCUCUCCCUCUCUCUCUCUCCCCUCCCCCUUCCCUCCUCCCCCUCUCUCCUCCCCCUUCCCUCCUCCCCCUCUCUUUCAGGACCAUGGGUCUACAGGAACAGUAGUAUAAGUACAGGUGAGCUGGAUGUAGGUCGGCGGGUGAGCCAGGACAUCCCCCCAGGAGUGUUUUGGCGCUCCUUACUGCACCUCCGCCAGCCCCUGUUCCUCAAGUUUAACAUCUCCCUGGGCAAAGACGCACUCUUUGGGGUGUACAUCCGCAAGGGUCUGCCCCCCUCCCAUGCACAGGUACCCAGCAAUGGCCAUCUAUAUUGUUUUAGACCUAGAUAGGUCAUGUUUUAAGACCUGGAUAUAGCUAUCAUAGAAGUAUAUUACAUAUGUCACAGAUAUGUUAUAGACCUUGACAUUAUUCCACCUGAAUUUAAUAAACAGGGUUUAUUCAGCAGAAUUGACUACUUCUUACCAUGCCCCUUCCUUCCGCACUCCGCACUAACCCUGUUCUCUCUGUUCAGUAUGACUACAUGGAGCGUCUGGACGGGAAGGAGAAGUGGAGCGUGGUGGAGUCUCCUCGGGAGCGCCGCAGCAUCCACACGGUGGUUCUGAACGAGGCCAUCUUUGUUCAGUACCUGGACCCUGGCACCUGGCAUCUGGCCUUCUACAACGACGGCAAAGACAAGGAGUCUGUCUCCUUCAGCACCGUGGCUCUAGGUGGGUGCUGUUAUUGGAUUUACCUGCUAGCUCUAUAUUUCUAUGUUCUCUUUGUAAAGGCAGGGAAAACAUUUUAGAUUCUGGUAGUAAGUAACACCUCUGAGUUCUACAAAUGUACCAUUCCAGGUUUGCAGCCCUUUUGGCCAGAUAGGGUUGGACUGAAAUUGGGAGUGAACUCUGAAUUUGAAGGAAAGGUUGGAGAUUGAGUGGGAGAGAUUGAGUUAUAAAAGAUGUAUCCCUGUGGAGUCCUCUCCGUCUGUACGCCCCUCCUCUCACACAGUUCGCCAUUGCUUAACAGUAAACAAGCAUGCAAUAGCUGAGAACAAACUAGAAAAGAAAACACAGGAAUUUUUGCGCUCGCUUUGGUAUUGAAGUUUUCAUGACUGUCGGGAGCUCCCCCGAAGAAAAACACUAUCUCUACACGGCACGCAGUCUCUGGUGCAAUAAAGGCAUGAAACAACAUCUUUGAUUUAGAGAUCAGUUGGAAUGAUAACCAGCGAUGAGAAAGACUGGUCUGAAGGAUGAUGCUACUGAAAAGAGAACACAGGCCAACAGAACAGGGCGUGGGCUUAAACUUGACUAAAAGAGGGGAAAGUGGGCUGAGAUGGAUGGGUCGGCUUGGCUACUGGCUACAUUGAUAUGCACAAGGUCAAAGUGGAGUUUUUGUAUUCAACAGUAGACUCUCUUAGUACAUGAAUACACAUCUGCUCAUUAUUCAUUUGCCUUAUAUGCUUCCGUGAACCUCUAAUCGUCCAUGGGGAGGCACACAGGACAUGCAACAGUGGCAGCAGCAUACAGUGGUGGGGUCAACUCUGCCACUGGCGUACUGCCGUAGGGACACUGAGUGAUUGAGGCAAUUAUAUUACAGUAAUUGUACUUAACUGAGCAGUGGGGAUGAGUAAUGUUGUAAUGGGGGAGGUUUUCACUUGUGGCAGGGGGGUGGAGGAGGGAGGGGUGGUUGGAGGACAUUUGGGGUAUGCUAAAAAGAGUUGUAGUGUACUGAAUCAUUUGAAUAAUGUGUUAGACUGUCACGCCACAGAGGCAUUUUGAAUUAUCUGUGCAGUGCAUUUUCUUUUUUGGGGGAAAAGCUUAGCUAACUGUUUCUCUGCUAAUGGAUAUUUACAGAGACAUUUUUUUUUAUAAAAAUGCCAGAAUCUCAAAAGAUGAUCUCUCUUUACCCAUCCUCUUAAUACUGAGCUGUAAUCUUUGUAUAGCUAUACAGUAUAUGUUGACAGCUGCAUCUUUUUGGAUAAUGUCAAUGAGUCCACACAGUAUAGUGCUUCAUUGCGUUCUUCCAUCAAACACUUGACGUUCUGCAUUAAACUCUUAUUAUAACAGACUAUUGUAUUAGCUAUAGAAAGGGUAGCGGGUUCAGCCUCCAGUAAAACGUUAAUGACUGUUAAUUAUUUAGACGUAUCUAAUUAUGAACGGUAAGGAGGUAAGAGGUGAUGAGGGAGGAGGUCUGCCUAAUCAAAACAGGUGAGGGAUAACAUAGAGGGAGGUGAAAGGAGAAGGAACAAUCACAUACUUCUCUAUAAUAUUAUAUCUCAUCAUUCUGGUUGUAAUAACUUGUCUUUUUCAAUACUUGCUGUUCAAUCAUAGAUUCAGUACAAGAAUGCCCGCAGAAUUGCCAUGGAAAUGGAGAGUGCAUGUCGGGCGUGUGCCACUGCUUUCCAGGAUUCCAUGGCAUGGAUUGUGCCAAAGGUACAUACUUUGGUAUCGCUAAGCUAGGCUGUAUAGUUAUGUAUAUGUAUAUUGUAGAAUAUUUUACCCUUAUCUUGAAAAUCAUCACGAGCCACCAUGAGUUGUUUUGAGAUAUGUCCAAUAGGAUCAUCUCAACAUAAGUUACUCAAUACUGAGAUAUAAAAUGAAGCAUCACUCAAAUGUAUAUUCUAGAAUAUUUUACUCCUAUCUUGAUCCUCGAAACAAGAGCCACCAUGAGUUGUUUGAGACAUUUCCAAUAUGACAAUCUCAACAUAAAUGUCUCUCUACUGACAUAAAAAUGGAGCAUGACUCAAAUAUGACCUAAAGCCCAUGUCUUUCACCUUGUCUCACUUGCUGUAUCUCACUCCUCUCACGUUGUCUAGCUGCCUGCCCGGUCCUGUGCAGUGGCAAUGGCCAGUAUGACAAGGGCUCGUGUAUCUGCUACAGCGGAUGGAAAGGUUCCGAGUGUGACGUCCCAGUGGGCCAGUGUAUUGACCCAGUUUGCAACGGCCAUGGCACAUGCUCCGAGGGCUCCUGCACGUGCUCUGCAGGUUAUCGUGGCGACAUCUGCGAGGAAGGUGAGGUGUACAGCGCUGUACAUCACUCACACACUUGUUCACACACACUCUCAGACACACACACACCUGCCUUCAGGGAGAUUCACAAUUUAGUGCCAUAUUACGUUUCAGAAAGUCUGACUGUAGAGAUAUACACUGAGUGUUUCCAUGACUGACCAGGUGAAUCCAGGUGAAAGCUAUGAUUCCUUAUUGAUGUCACUUGUUAAUUCCACUUCAAUCAGUGUAGAUGAAGGGGAGGAGACAGGUUAAAGAAGGAUUUUUAAGCUUUGAGACAAUUGAGACAUGGAUUGUGUAUGUGUGCCAUUCAGAGGGUGAAUGGGCAAGACAAAAUAUUUAAGUGCCUUUAAACGGGGUAUGGUCGUAUUUGUAUUUAUUAGGGAUCCCCAUUAGCUGCUGCCAAGGCAGCAGCUACUCUUCCUGGGGUCCAAACAUAUUAAAGCACUUACAUUACAUAUAAAACAAAAUAUAAAACAGUACAUAAUAUGACAUUAUUACACCACUACUUAUCUACAAUACAAAAUGUUUAAUACCACCAUACAACAAUAUCACAAUGUGCAUGUGUCUAUACCCUUGUGUGUGUGUCUCUUCACAGUCCCCAUUGUUCCAUAAGGUGUAUUUUUACCUGUUUUUAAAAUCUGGUUCUACUGCUUGCAUCAGUAGUAGGUGCCUGGCGCACUGGUUUGAGUGUGUCAAGAACUGCAACGCUGCUGGGUUUUUCACGCUCAACAGUUUCCUGUGUGUAUCAAGAAUGGUGCACCACCCAAAGGACAUCCAGCCAACUUGACACAACUGUGGGAAGCAUUGGAGUCAACAUGGGCCAGCAUCCCUGUGGAAUGCUUUUGACACCUCGUAGAGUCCAUGCUCUGACAAAUUGAGGCUGUUCUGAGGGCAAAACGGGGUGCAACUCAAUAUUAGGAAGGUGUAUACUGUAUACAAUGGGGUCUGAAAUGAUUGACACCCUUGAUAAAGAUGAGCAAAUAUUGUCUCUAUAUAAUAAAUAAUUCAAAUACUGAGCUAUAAUGUAUGAAGAAAAAAAAAUACAAUUGCUCAGAGAAAGAGAUUUUGCAUUAAAAUAAUGUUAUUACCAUGUCAUCAGACCAAAGCUCCGGUUCCAAUCCAAAUGCCAAUGCCGUUUAUGCACACCAGUUGUGGGUUUGGCGUCAAAAUUAGAAUGCAUGAUCAGAAAAUAAUCGUUGAUGUUAUGCAGCUAUUUUGCUACCGCUGGUCUUGGGGCCCUUGUUAAGGUCAACGGCAUCAUGAACUUCAUGUACCAGGAUAUUUUAGCCAAAAACCUUCAAAAAGAAAUGGUUAAUUGGCAACAAAAUCUACAUUUUUGCAAUGGCAGUCUCAGUCUCCGGACUUGAAACCAAUUGAAAACCUGUGGUUUGAAUUGAAGAGGGCAGUUCAUAAGCACAGACGCGGUAUUGAAAGGUAUUGAAAACAGGGGUAUCAAUAAUUUUGACCCCUACCUUUUUGAGAAUUGUUUUUAAAUUAGUUGUUAAACAAAAUCUAUUUCUCUGAGCAAUUGUAUUUGUAUAAAAUAAUAUAAUUUCCUUUCUUUUUUUUGCAUACAAUAUAGCUCAGUAUUUAAAUUAUUUAUUUUAUACAGUCAUUUUUGCUCAUCUUUAUCAAGGUUAUCAAUCAUUUCAGAUCCCACUGUACAUCAGAAACGUUAUUAAGGGAAUGGAAUCCAUUUUAUUGAUCCAGCUUUUAAAUAAUUGCCCUGGAGCUGAUUCAUUCACUUAUGUUCUGAUGGGUUUCUGCUCAUCUGGAAUGAAGUGGAGUUGGAGGGUAAGUAGAGAAGGGAUGGAAGAGGAGAGAGAGUUCUGGUUAUACAAAGAAAUUGAGAAGAAAAUGGCAAUUUUACCUCCUUUCUUUCAGAAUAUUCACUACUUUAAGUAUAUUCACUAUUACUGCUACUACGUUUUUGUUAACGUGGUGCAUUUACAUCAUGCCUCUGUUUCUCUCUAUCUGUGUUUCAGUGGACUGUCUUGACCCAGGCUGCUCUGGCCAUGGUACCUGUGUGAGUGGGCAGUGCCACUGUAAGCCAGGCUGGGCCGGCCCGCUCUGUGAGCAUCCCAGGGCCCAGUGCCCAGACCAGUGCCACGGACACGGGGCCUUCAUACCCGACACGGGCAUCUGUAGCUGUGACCCAAACUGGAUGGGACCAGACUGCUCCAUGGGUAGGUAACACCCCCACACACACACCUCCCCCUCUGUGGUCCUCUGUAGCUCAGUUGGUAGAGCAUGGCGCUUGCAAUGCCAAGAUGGUGGGUUUGAUUCCCGGGACCAUGCAUGACUAAGUCGCUUUGGAUAAAAAUGUCUGCUAAAUGGCGUAUAUUAUAUUACUCCUUUCACUCGUCUCUACAACUCAGAAACACACUCAACACACGCCAUGGCCACAUCUCUUUGUGACUACCUCCUCUGUGAAACCCAUCCAUUUCCCAUUUGUCCAUCUACUAUACUGCUUUCCUCUCCUAUUACUGUGCUUAUGUGCCUACAUGUGUGUUUCUCCACAGAGGUGUGCUCGUCGGACUGUGGCGCCCACGGCGUGUGUGUUGGCAAUGUGUGUCGCUGUGAGGAGGGCUGGACAGGCACCGGGUGUGACCUGCGCGUCUGCAACCCACUGUGUGUGAAGCACGGGACAUGCCGGGACGGAAAGUGUCAGUGCCAACAGGGCUGGAACGGAGAGCACUGCACCAUCGGUAUGCAUCCGGCCAGCCAGCCAACACCCUGGCACGCUAACACACUAACACACACAGCAGUAUCCUGCCUCUAUCCUCACACCAUACUAACUCUCAGCCAGAGAGAGGAACUGUCACUACCCCCACAUGUUUAAAAGAUACAUCCUGUUUGCUGCCUUAACUAUACACUUUGGUUGGAUUAUGAGAAGGUUGGGGGUGCUGUCGAACCCCCCGACAGCACCCCCAACACAAAACAUGUCCAAUGUCUCUCUUUCUGUGAUGAUAAAAAGAGCAUUAUAAACUGGCUGGUUCGAGCCCUGGAUGCUGCGGGCUUCAGAACAGCCCUUAGCAGUGGUAUAUUGGCCCUAUACCACACACCCACUGGCCCUAUUGCUUAAGUAUAGCACUCAGCAGCAGAUACAUCCAUCAAUGCUGAUGAGUGCCCUCCUUCCCUGCUCUGUUCCUCCAUGUCAUUAAGAAGCGCUCCCAUUCAUUUGGAAUGGUUCCUCCACUAGAGUGCAAAUGUUUCAUCCAUAGCCAAAGUACCCACCUCCAUCUGCAGCCUCGCCCCUCCAGCCUAGUCACCCACUCUCCGGUGGAGGAGGCUGGGCAGCAGGCCUCUUGGUGCUCCCUAAAGGCGUCCGCAUGCUUUCCAUCCGAAACAGUUCGGAAACAGUUUGUGCAUAUAUUAUGACAUCAUAUUUGUGAAGUUUUUGUUAGUUUUGGUCUUCGGCAAGGGUUUUUCCGGCUAUUAGUGCACAAUUUGUCAAAGCAAGCCGAAUUCCAGUAGCUGAAGUCUACGCCCCUUCGUCAGUCAUUGGUUAACAGUAGGGAUUCUUCAAUGAAGUGUUUGUUGCCAUUCUACGAUAGAUGACUCAUUUUCAUGCACAUUGUUUCAUUGAGAAAUACUGCACCAAACAUCUUAGUUAGAUGUCAAAUUGCAGUACUAAGAGCUCCUCAGCAAGAACAUCAAAAUGAAUUACAGAUUUCUUGAGCUUAGAUUCUAGUUUAGAUUAAUUCUGACCAUUUUGAGGAAGUGUAUACUGGCUACGGCAUCUCAAGAUGGACAAACAGUACUAUUGCUGCUUUUUUCUUGUUUUUUAAGCGAAGGUCUUUUAAGGGAGUAUGCCAGCACACUCGUUCGGUUUGCCUAGCCUAGUUCGGCUAGGCGCCAGCCGAACCGAAGCUUGCGGAAGACUUAAAACCCACUCUGCCUCCCUGGGAGCCAACAGAGAGGGACAGCCACUCUGCCCCCUCAUUCUCCCCCAGAGUGCUCUUGAGUGCCGGAGGGCUUUACUUUCCUAUUUUCCUCCCUUUAUCUUCCUCCCAUCUGAUGAGAAAAACACCUCCCUGGGGCUCCACUGUGGGCUAUGUUGUUAGAGCCAUGUGAAAAGGCCCGUGCUGUGCGCUAGCUCUCAUUCUCUGUUCAUUAUGUGUCUCUCUCUUUAAUUAGUGUUGGAGAGUUGAGUGCGAAGGAGAUUUAUCUCCCUCCAUCUCGCUCCUAUUUACUUGUGAUGAACCAUGCCAUUUUAAGAAUCCCAACCCUCCUCCACACGCAAAGAUCUUAUCAAACCUGCCAUAUUUUGUUUUUAUGCAGACUUUUGGGAUAGCUUGGAACAAGGUAUUGUAUUUGGACAAGAGGUGAUCUGAUUUGUGCGUUAGUUCCCCACGCCUCAAACAGACCACUCUCUUGUGUAGAAGAGGGAUGUAGAGGGGUCCUUUUUAGUAUUGUGAAGUGUUGAAUAGUGUUUGCACUCAAUGUCUUAGUGGUAGUUGGAGUUUUAGUGUUCCAGUAGAGUGCUGCAAACUCCCAUUUGCUAGUAUCCCCAAUCCCUAUUGGUCCCUCAUAUUGGGAUAUUCAGCUAGUGCACACUUUCUACCACUUCCUAACAUUAGUUAACCCAGAACUAAAAUCUGGUGUAAUUUGGUCAGAUGGUACCAUUUAUGUUGACCUAGUCUUGUCCACGACAGAUUAACCACUUCCUAACAGACUUAACAUUCGUACCCAUUGCAUUAAUUUCUCUCUUGUGCAUUGUUAAACAUAGGACUAUUGUGUGUCAGUUUGUUCUUUCUGAGUCUGUUUGUGAAUGUCGGCCUUUCAGUCUGUCUAUCAAUGUUUUGUUGUAAACACACAGUUAGCUAGCAGUGUAUGUUAGCGUUGCUACUCCAUGUUAAGUAGGCUCAAUGGAGACCGGUCGGCUGCUAUUUCUGCUGCAGCAGUCUGCUCCCUCCAUAGGAAUAUUAAUGGACUUGGCCUUUUAACUGCAUCUGCCCAGCAGUAGGUAGAAUACUAAUAGAUGGGUUGGACCAGUGAAGCUGCAUGCUCAUCCCUGUUGGGAGAAUACUAAUGACUGUGCUGCUCCACAUCGGGACAGGACGGCGGACAUGUUGUUAGGAGGCUGUCUUAAAUUAAAGGUUAAUACGGUUUAAUUAGAUUUUAGUCUGUUCGGGAAAAGUCUUAAUGUUAAUUUUGAGGUUUCCCAUUUUGGCGAAAGUGUCUGAUUUUUAAAUGCAGUUUAUGGAUUCAUAUUUAUCAUCUUUUUUAUUUUUUUUGUGAGGUUUGCUCUUUUGACCUUGGUGAUGGUAAUUCAUGGAACAGCAUGGGCGAGUUAUGUAGAUUUACAGUCCAAUAGCACCCACUGCCUGGUCCCAUACCUCUGGUCUCCUGUACAGACUAUACUGCACCACUGAGACAGAUGUCGCAGCAGCAUUCAUCAUGUCCUCUUCAUUAACCUAGCCUGGGAGAAUAUUACAUCUGCUGAGGGUGACUGCAGUCAUCAAUGAUAUGUAGCAUCUCUCCUGUUGUUCUCCCUCCCUGUUUUCAAAGUCUAGGUGGCUUGUAAUCUCAUCAGUUUUGCCUAAUCAAAUUCUCUCAUGAGGCAGCAUUACACCCCAGCCAGCCUCCAGAGGCAAAUCAACCACCACAAAUUAAUCGGCUGUGAACUUGUGUACUUUCUUUUAUUGAAUACUUUUAGCUAUGAAUGGAUAUUGAACAAAACCAUUUACCGCACGCCAAAACCCUCCCUUUUGCCACUAGGGUAUAUACUGUAGCUGUAUGAAAUCCACAUCCACAAGAAGAGCAUUGUUAUGAUGAAAUGCAAUCCCCUUGCCAUGUAAUCAAUAUCAAUUUUUUUUUUAUUGCCCUUGUUGUGUGAUGCAACGGUAGACAGAGACUAAAAAUAUAAAGUUUGUGUGCUGCUCUCCCUUAGCUGGUACAAGUUACUCUGUCACUAAAUCACUAUUACUGAUCAGGCCUCUCCUCUGAUCCCUGUCCACUCCUCCUCUAUUUCCCUCCUCCCUCUCUCUCAGACGGGUGCCCGGGCCUGUGUAACGGGAAUGGCCAAUGCAGCCUGGGACAGAACAGCUGGCACUGUGAAUGCCACACUGGCUGGAGAGGACCUGGCUGCAGCGUUGCCAUGGAGAUCUCCUGUGCUGACAACAAGGACAAUGAAGGAGGUGAGUGUGGUGAAGAGGUGAAGGAUCACAGCACAGGAGGCAGGAUGGCGAAGGCUGUGUCCACUUUGUAGAUUUGCCUAUGAAAAAUGCAUGUAAUACCCGUGAUUUGGAACCAGCUGUGGCGGAGUUACAGUAUUUGUGCAACUGUACUGUUGAUUUGGUCUAGAUUUGAAAUCUGUUUAUUUCCUGUUAGUAGCAGUGUCUCUCAGGCAUGACAAUUAUUUGAUUCUCCCUGAUGACCAGCAGACAGCCAGACAGCCAGACAGCCAGACAGCCAGACGCCUGCCUGGGUUUCUCUGAGAGGUUUCCUCCCAGUGAGUGUUUUUAGCGGAUCAAAGAGGUGUGAUUGUGGGGCUAGUGCUAUCAGGCCUGAAUGGCCCCAUUAUGGCAUCCUUCUGUCUGUGUGAGCUAGCACUGAGCGGGCUGGGGAGAGAGGAGAGGCUGGCUGAAUCAAUGCCUCCUCCACCUCCUCCUAAGAGCAUGUGGGGAUCAGUGACCUGGAGUUUGCUGAGAUGGAUGCCCCUAUUAUUUCCUCCCCCUCCCUCCCUGGUGGAAGAUGGAGUGACCCCCUCCUGUGACCAUUUGUGAGAGGAUCAAAGAGGCCUCGGGAAUAGAUGCUUUUCACAGGGCAAGAAGCAGCUCCAAGCAGUCAGCCCCAGUCAGUCUGUCAGGGCAGGGUUAUCUAACAUGAAAAUGAUACCCAGGUGUAUUUUCCCUUGAUUAACGGCUAAGUAGUUUGCAGAGGCCAGAGCUGUGUCAAUUUUAAAGAGCGCUUUCUCUGUGGCAUGUCAUGCAGUUGAGGAUGCUUUGCUUAGCCCCUGUCGCCUAGGAAACGGGAUGGUGAUUGAACAAGUGUCUUAAUGCAGCCCCUGGAAGCCUUUAAUCUUUCAUCUCCCCCGUCUGCGUCUGAGCAAUAAGGUAAUGUGCUCCGAGGACAAUGGGAUUUUAAACAUGGCUCACUCGAACAGCCCUCCAAUUACCAGACUGGCUCAGUGCAUGUUUCAAUGUGUGGCUGGCUGCCUGGCUGGCUGGCUGUCUGACUGGCUGGCUGUUGUGGUUAAUCCAAUCAUCUUCCUUCUUCAAUGGAUACUUCCUACUCACAUCCUUAAUCUCAGACACUCUCCCGCUAUGUCUGUCUAUGUGUUUCUCAGUCUCCGUACCUCUCUGUUUGUCUCUGUCUGGGUUUUAUUUCACCAAAUAAUACCUGAAAGAUCAAACAGAAAAUGUUUACAAAGUCUCAAAGUGGUUGGCAGUGAUUGUUUUGGCAGGUCUGAAGCGGAUGGGAGGUGUAAGGGAGGGAAGGAAAAGAGAGUAGUGUGAGUGCACGUGCGUGCUCCUGUUGAUGCGUAAAGAGAGAUGAAAAGGACCCCCACAGGGUUGUACGUGAUGUCCCAUUUGACUUUGAUGUCAGUGUUAUUGGGUUUGAUUAAAAGGAGGACAUGCAGGCACUGUACCACUUAUAAAGGAGAACCUCGAGAAAAUAGAGCAUCAUUAGGAAUGAUGAAAAAUACCACGCACCCAUCCUAAUGAAAAUAUUACAUUAUAUGAUGAGAUUAAUUAACUGUCUCAUAAAACAAUCAUGAAAAUAAUGGAAAGGGUUAAUACAUUUUGAAUCAUGUACACGUUGUUCUGUUCUAUUCUGCCCAACAACAAGAGGAACAAUUUUACAUAAAAAAUGCCAUUCAAUCAUUAUUUAGCUGCGGCGGUGUAUGUCUGUCCAGAAUAGAUUUCUGUUUGUUUCCCCUUGCAGACGGACUGACAGACUGCAUGGAUCCCGACUGCUGCACUCAGAGUCUGUGCCUGACCAAUCCACUGUGCCUGGGAGCAAGGGAUCCACUGCAGAUCAUCCAGCAAAGUCAAUCACCAUCCCAAGUCAGGUCAUUCUACGACAGGGUCAAGCUACUGGUGGGGAGGGAUGGUACCCACAUCAUCCCUGGAAACAACCCCUUCAACUCAAGGUAGUGUACCCAUCUGUCCAUUUCACUUCCUUCAGGAUAGAAUCAACUAGCUGUACAGUAAAUAUCAGCAUAUAUACAGUACCAGUCAAAGGUUUGGACACACCUACUCAUAUCGAAUCAUGUAGUACCCAAAAAAGUGUUAAACAAAUCAAAAUACAUUUUAUAUUUGAGAUUCUUCAAAUAGCCACCCUUUUCCUUGAUGACAGCUUUGCACACUCUUGGCAUGCUCUCAACCAGCUUCACCUGGAAUGCUUUUCCAACAGUCUUGAAGGUGUUCCCACAUAUGCUGAGCACUUGUUGGCUGCUUUUCCUUCACUCUGCCGUCCGACUCAUCCCAAACCAUCUCAAUUGGGUUGAGGUCGGGGGAUUGUGGAGGCCAGGUCAUCUGAGGCAGCACUCCAUCACUCUCCUUCUUGGUAAAAUAGCCCUUACACAGCUGGAGGUGUGUUGGGUCAUUGUACUGUUGAAAAACAAAUGAUAGUCCCACUAAGCCCAAGCCAGAUGGGAUGGCGUGGCGUAUCGCUGCAGAAUGCUGUGGUAGCCAUGCUGGUUAAGUGUGCCUUGAAUUCUAAAUAAAUCACAGACCGUGUCACCAGCAAAGCACCCCCACACCAUCACACCUCCUCCUCCAUGCUUUACGGUGGGAACUACACAUGCAGAGAUAAUCCGUUCACCCACAUCGCAUCUCACAAACAAAAAAUAUAAUUUGGACUCCAGACCAAAGGACACUUUUUUUUUUUGCUUGUGUUUCUUGGCCCAAGCAAGUCUCUUCUUCUUAUUGGUGUCCUUUAGUAGUGGUUUCUUUGCAGCAAUUCGACCAUGAAGGCCUGAUUCACACAGUCCCCUCUGAACAGUUGAUGUUGAGAUGUGUCUGUUACUUGAACACUGUGAAGCAUUUAUUUGGGCUGCAAUUUCUGAGGCUGGUAACUCUAAUGAACUUAUCAUCUGCAGCAGAGGUAACUCUGGGUCUUCCAUUCCUGUGGCAGUCCUCAUGAGAGCCAGUUUCAUCAUAGCGCUUGAUGGUUUAUGCGACUACACUUGGAGACACUUUCAAAGUUCUUGAAAUGUUCCGUAUUGACUGACCUUCAUGUCUUAAAGUAAUGAUGGACUGUUGUUUCUCUUUGCUUAUUUGAACUGUUCAUGCCAUAAUAUGGACUUGGUCUUUUACCAAAUAGGGCUAUCUGGGGUAUACAGAACAUAGCCCUACCUUGUCACAACACAACUGAUUGGCUCAAACGCAUUAAGAAGGAAAGACAUUUCAGAAAUUAACUUUUAAGAAGGCACACCUGUUCAUUGAAAUGCAUUCCAGGUGACUACCUCAUGAAGCUGGUUGAGAGAAUGCCAAGAGUGUGCAAAGCUGUCAUCAAGGCAAAGGGUGGCUAUUUGAAGAAUCUCAAAUAUAAAAUAUAUUUUGAUUUAACACUUUUUUGGUUACUACAUGAUUCCAUAUGUGUUAUUUCAUAGUUUUGAUGUCUUCACUAUUAUUCUACAAUGUAAAAAAUAGUAAAAAUAAAGAAAACCCCUUGAAUGAGUAGGUGUGUCCAAACUUUUGACUGGUAGUGUAUAUCAGAGUUUCAAAUAUAUCCAAACGUGUAUUUUUCUGUCAAUAAGUAAUUACCACUGACUUUGACAGCCAUUCAUUGAGAGUUUUGGAUCACGUGCAGUUACACCCUCUUCAUGCCUUGGCUGUCAGUUAGGAAGCAACUGUAUCCUCUUUCACCUCCUCUUGCAGCCUGGCAUCGUUGAUCAGAGGCCAGGUCCUGACCACGGACGGGACUCCCCUGGUAGGGGUCAACGUGACGUUUGUCAAGUACCCUCACUAUGGUUACACCCUGACUCGACAGGACGGCACGUGAGUGACUGUUUGGGUUUUGAAUAUGACAAUGACAACCGAUUUAAUGUAUGUCCCUUAGUUCCUCCAUGAAUUACAUCUAAGAGUGAACGGAGGACAGUGUGGAUCAAAGUCUUUAUAACCCCUUGUCCCCUGUCUUUGUUCCUCUGUAGAUUUGACCUGGUGGCCAAUGGGGGUGCGUCUCUGACCCUGCGCUUUGAGCGAGCGCCGUUCUUGAGCCAAGAGCGCACGGUGUGGCUGCCCUGGAACCGGUUCUAUGCCAUGGACACGCUGGUACUAAAGAUGGAGGAGAACAUCAUCCCAGCCUGUGACCUCAGUGGCUAUGUCCACCCUGACCCUGUGGUGGUGGCCUCACCCCUCUCCUCCUUCUUCAGCUCCCAUCCUGCAGAGAGGCACAUCAUCCCUGAGACUCAGGUACUUACAUACAUACAGUUGCUCUCUCUCUCCCUCUAGCUCUCUUUUCUGUUACUUUCUUCUCUCUCUACAUCUCCUUUUCUCGAUCUCUCUCUCACGUCUCUCUCUCUUCCCCUCUCUCUCUUUCUCUUUCUUCCACUAACUCUCUCUCUCCCUCCUCCUCCUAGGUGGUUCAUGAGCAGCUGGAGAUCCCGGGCACAGGUCUGAAGCUGUGCUACCUGAGCUCUCGUGCCUCGGGGUACCACGCCCUGCUGAAGGUGACCAUGACCCAGACCCUGGUGCCCCUCUCCCUGGUCAAGGUGCACCUGAUGGUGGCCGUGGAGGGACACCUCUUCCAGAAGUGGUUCCACGCCUCUCCCCACCUGGCCUACUCCUAUAUCUGGGACAAGACGGACGCCUACAGGCAGAGGGUCUACGGGCUGACCCAAGCUGCUGGUGAGUAGCAGUGUGAGAUUCUGUAGUGUUUGGAUUAUGUUUGGUUCGGUUAUGUUAGAUGUAACUCUGUAGCUCUAUCUGUCAAGACACAGGACCAUGCCAUCUAUUACCACAACAGGCUCUCUGACAAAAGAAAGCCACAACACAAGCGUUUAAUUCAGUUGACACCUACACAGUAAGAUACUGUGUGAUGCUGUGUAGGUGUGAACAGUUGUCUACCUCGAGCCCCAUGCAUUCACAGAAACAGUAUGUGAUCACGCUGAAUACGUUUCUCCCUACGCACACGUCUCAUUCAAUCUCACUCACUUGAUUAACAUUCUCAUUGAAGCAUACUUAACCUGAUGCGUUUGUCCACAUGUAUGUUUAUCACGUGUGAUUCUUGUGACCAUGAAGAGUACAUUUAAUGCAGUUAAUGACUGUAUGUGAUGGAACCCUGUGUUACUUUGAGGUGGUGCUAAAGUUUGGAUGGAGAGUCAAAUCCUAUUCUCUGUUUUUCUACAGUGUCAGUGGGGUUUGAGUAUGAGACGUGUCCCAGUCAGAUCCUAUGGGAAAAGAGGACAGCGGUGCUGCAGGGCUACGAGCUGCUACCGUCCAACCUGGGGGGCUGGUCCCUGGACAAACACCACGCCCUCAACAUUGCCAGUGGUACGACCUACAGCCUUUGAAACCCACUUAGAACACAGACAUUUUAGAACUAACCUCACUCACAUCAGGACAGAUGGGCUACUGUCACAGUCAGAUCAUUUACAAUUGUGUGUUUUCUUUUGUUCGUAUUUAGUGUUGAGAAAUGUUUUUAAAAAAAGGUGUAGCUACAUUAAACUUAUUGGAAUGCAUGAAUGGACGUUCAACAUCCAAGUAGUCUUGUCUUUUCUUGUCUCACAUCUGUAUAUCAAUGCAGUUCCACUAAGGAUCUCAUAAAACAGUGUUCUUUCACCUCCAUGUUUGACAGCACCACGUGUGCCCUGAAUACCAAUGCAAUAUUCCUGUGCCCAGGCAAUGACAGACGAGGGACAAGCAGGGAGUCAAUAAGAUGACAAACACUAAUAAUAUACUACUCUGACUCUCACACCUUCACACUCACUCGGUUUCUAUAGCAACAGUUUGAACAGUGUUAUUGGAUUACUUUAUUGUUUUAUUUUUGGGUACACGGGGAAUUUAAAGUCUAAAAUGAUAAGGAAGCCAAUAUUAAGAUAGAGGCUGAUUAAAAAGUGACUCUAGGUCUUUGUUCCCGAGCUCUAUUCAUGGCGUAGUUGUGAAGUUUAGGAUCUAAAAGGAUAUUGGUUUGAAUCAGAAUGCCUCUACUGUUUCAGGGAUCCUGCAUAAGGGCAGUGGGGAGAAUGUGUUUGUGUCGGAGCAGCAGCCUCCGGUCAUUAACAGCAUCAUGGGGAACGGGCGCAGGCGCAGUAUCUCUUGCCCCAGCUGCAGUGGUCUGGCUGAGGGCAACAAGCUGCUGGCCCCCAUGGCGCUGGCCUGUGGGGGGGACGGCAGCCUGUAUGUGGGAGAUCUGAACUUCAUCCGCCGGGUCUACCCCACUCUAAACACCACAGCCGUGCUGGAGCUCAGGUAGGCUGGCAGACAUGAGGGAUGGACAGAGGUUAUCAAUGGAGGAGGGGUUGAGUAACAUGAUAGGUGGGAACUAACAAUGUUGUGUUCUUUCUUUUCUUUUUCUCCAGAAAUAAAGACUUGAGGCAUGGGUAAGUUAUGUUUGUGUGUCCUCUAGGACUGACCCUAUUUAGUCGACUGGUCGAUUGUUCGGUCGAUAGGCUGUUGGUCAACCGAGAUUUCUUUAGUCGAGCACUAGAUAACAAUUUUAAAAGUAAAUAAUGGUGUACAAAGACACCUGUCUGAUUCACACCUGUCUGAUUCACACCUGUCUGAUUCACACCUGUCUGGGUGGACUAAUCUAUUGUGGAGGCAGUGGGGAUGGCACAGUCCAUCACUCUAAGGCAGGACUGCCCAACCCUGUUCCUGUAGGUUUUUGCUCCAACCCUAAUCUAGCACACCUGAUUCUAAUAAUUAGCAGGUUGAUAAGAUGAAUCAGGUGAGUAACACCUGGGGUUGGAGCCAAAACCUACAGGAGGGUAGCUCUCCAGGAACAUGGUUGGGCAACCCUGCUCUAAGGCAUGUGCUGCUGAAAAUGUAUAUGGUUAUAUUACGUAAGAACAAUGCAACACUAAUAAAAAUACAUUAUAUCAAAUGUGCGUUCUCCUGUGUUGGAUAGCAGUCGCUGUCCGCGGUUCUGAAAUACAUCACUGCGCUGUUGAAUUGGUGCCUUUUCCUAGACCAUGUUGCUAUGUGUCUAUAAUCAAUAGUGUCACUGUUAAAUGUGCCUGGCUUUAUAAAUCAUCGAUAUAUUGUACAUAUACAGUGCAUUCGGAAAGUAUUCAGACCCCUUGACUUAUUCCACAUUUUGUUACGUUACAGCCUUAUUCUAAAAUGGAUUAAAGAAACACAUUUCCUCAUCAAUCUACACACAAUACCCCAUAAUGACAAAGCAAAAACAGGUUUUUAGAAAUUUCAGCAAAAAAAACUAACAUAUAAAACGGAAAUAUUUUAUUUACAUGAGACUCAGAAUUGAGCUCAGGUGCAUCCUGUUUCCAUUGAUCAUCCUUGAGAUGUUUCUACAACUUGAUUGGACUCUACCUGUGGUACAUUUUAUUGAUUGGACAUGAUUUGGAAAGGCACACACCUGUCUAUAUUGACAGUGCAUGUCAGAGCAAAAACCAAGCCAUGAGGUCGACGGAAUUGUCCGUAGACCUCCGAGAAAAGAUUGUGUCGAGGCACAGAUCUGGGGAAGGGUACCAAAAAUGUCUGCAGCAUUGAAGGUCCCCAAGAAUACAGUGGCCUCCAUCAUUCUUAAAUGGAAGAAGUUUGGAACCACCAAGACUCUUCCUAGAGCUGGCCGCCCGGCCAAACUGAGCAAUCGGGAUUGAAGGGCCUUGGUCAGGGAGGUGACCAAGAACCUGAUGGUCACUCUGACAGAGCUCCAGAAUUCCUCUGUGGAGAUGGGAGAACCUUCCAGAAGGACAACCAUCUCUGCAGCACUCCACCUAUCAGGCCUUUAUGGUAGAGUGGCCAGGUGGAAGCUUCUCCUCAGUAAAAGUUACAUGACACCUAAAGGACUCUCAGAUCAUGAGAAACAAGAUUCUCUGGUCUGAUAAAACCAAGAUUGAACUCUUUGGCCUGAAUGCCAAGCGUUCUGGAGGAAACCUGGCACCAUCCCUACAGUGAAGCAUGAUGGUAGCAGCAUCAUGAUGUGGGGAUGUUUUUCAGCGGCAGCGACUGGGAGACUAGUCAGGAUUGAGGGAAAGAUGAACGGAGCAAAGUACAGAGAGAUCCUUGAUGAAAACCUGCUCCAGAGCGCUCAGGACCUCAGACUGGGACGAAGAUUCACCUUCCAACAGGACAACAACACUAAGCACACAGCAAAGACAACGCAGGAGUGGCUUUGGGACAAAUCUCUGAAUGUCCUUGAGUGGCCCAGCCAGAGCCCGGACUUCAACCCGAUCGAACAUCUCUGAACAGACCUGAAAAUAGCUGUGCAGCGACGCUCCCCAUCCAACCUGACAGAGCUUGAGAGGAUCUGCAGAGGAGACUGGGAGAAACUCCCCAAAUACAGGUGUGCCAAGCUUGUAGUGUCAUAUCCAAGAAUAGUCGAGGCUGUAUUCGCUGCCAAAGGUGCUUCAACAAAGUACUGAGUAAAGGGCCUGAAUACUUAUGUAAAUGUGAUAUUUCCAUUAAUUUUUUUUAUCUGGAUAAAUACACGUUUAAAAAUUGAGCAGACUACUCUCGGUCAACCAAGAUUUUUUUUUGGUCGGGUACAGCCCUAGUGUCCUCCGUCAGCUUGGUGACAUUGCCUGACAUACAGCUUUAGUAAAAGUGAUGGCUACCUGUAUGUCAUCUCUCUUCCUGUAGCUCUGUACUUUUUUCUGCAUGUGAAACUAUCCAAUUAUUGUGAACCCUGAAUGCAUUCCUAUAGUCUCUGGCUCAGUCCUUUGAGGGAUUAUCUAUCUAAAAUAUUCUCUCAUAUCCUAUCUACGUAGGAACAACCCAACACACAAGUACUACCUAGCGGUGGACCCACUGUCUGGGGUGGUCUUUCUCUCGGACACCAACUCUCGACAGAUCUACCGCGUGCGCUCACUGACCGGCGGGCGGCAGUUGUUGGACAAUGCCCAGGUGGUGGCUGGGACCGGCGAGCAGUGUGUCCCCUUUGACGAGGCCCGUUGUGGGGACGGGGGCAAGGCUGUGGAGGCCACACUCAUGAGCCCUAGGGGUGAGUACCAGGGGCAUGGGGUAUCAAUCCUGACUGGGGAGGUGACUGUGACUGAAUACAGAUGCCUUUCCUUAUUUUAGGGAUGCUCUGCUCCACAUGUUCAAUAUAUAAUCAGUUCCACUCAUCUAAUUUCCAUUAGUAUUAUUUUGUUAUAGCUGAUUGUUACUUACAGUCUGUCAUUUAUGCCCCCUUGUAGGAAGCACUCAUAUUGUGUGAUUUUACACAUGUUCACCUGCUAUUCAUUUGGGGUCUUUAGCUGUCACUCAGUAUCUAUCUAGUGGUAUCCUCAGGAGGGAGGGUGUAUGUAAACGAGAGUGAUUUGCAAUCUGUUUGUUCAGAGCAGUGACCUGGAACAGAAACAGCGAGUCUUCUUGACACUAAACUGCCAGGCGGAGUGUUGCACUGUCACUUGGUGUCAAAGCAGAGAUGACACUCUAACACAGAGACAUUCUGAUGUCAGUGUGAGGUUACAACCCUGCAGAAUGCCUGAUGAGCCCAACUUUGACAGUGUUUUGACUGUUUGUGUUAGCAGCCCCAGAUGUAAAGUAGAACUAGUUUUCACACUCUGCCUUCAUAUUUAUUUCUGUCUGUCAGGGAUCGCUGUGGAUAAGAACGGCCUCAUGUACUUUGUUGACGCCACCAUGAUCCGUAAGGUGGACCAAAAUGGCAUUAUCUCCACCCUGAUCAAGACCAAUGACCUCACAGCGGUCCGUCCACUCAGCUGUGACUCCAGCAUGGACGUCAGUCAGGUGAGGAGAAAACCUGGGGAACCAAAAAUCGAUAUGUUUCAUAUCUUUAUAUGUUGGACUUACAGGCCGUUUGGGGCAGAAAACAUGUGUAGUGCUGAGGCUAUAUGUAUUUCUUAAUAGCCAGGUGGGAAGAGAGUCUGCAGUCUAAAUGAUAUCCCGAUCUGUCCUAUUUUCCCCCCUCUGUCUUAUGGCCAAAUACAAUAAGCAUGGCCAACUACAGAUGCUUUUCUUUAGAGGGAGAUAUCUACUACUGUCCAACAUAAUAGUGCUGCCUCUUUGCAGUCAUAAAUUGACAGUAUUGAUACCCACCUAUCCAAGCUGCCCUAGCUGUACUCUUCUGAAUAGUGUGUGUGAGAGAUACAUUUGGAUAAAGACUUGGAGAUCUAAAGAGCGCUAUGGAGUUCCAGUGGAUUUGUGUUUACUCAUGUAACUGUUGAUCCAGGUGCGUCUGGAGUGGCCCACAGACCUGGCAGUGAACCCCACAGACAACUCCCUGUACGUGCUGGAGAACAACGUGAUCCUCCGCAUCACAGAGAACCACCAGGUCAACAUCAUCGCUGGGAGGCCCAUGCACUGCCAGGUUCCGGGCAUAGACUACUCCCUGAGCAAGCUGGCCAUCCACUCUGCCCUGGAGAGCGCCACGGCCAUCGCCAUCUCCCACACUGGUGUGCUCUACAUCGCCGAGACGGACGAGAAGAAGAUCAACCGCGUGCGGCAGGUCAGCGCCUCCGGAGAGACCUCUCUGCUGGCUGGCGCCACCUCCGAGUGCGACUGCAAGAACGACGUCAACUGCCAGUGCUUCUCCGGCGACGAGGGCUACGCCACGGACGCCGGGCUCAACGCCCCCUCCUCGCUCGCUGUGUCUCCCGAUGGCACGCUGUUCAUCGCCGAUCUCAACAACAUCCGUGUGCGGGCAGUGCGGCGCGACAGGCCCGUGGCCACGCCAGUGGGGCUGUAUGAGGUGGGGUCGCCACGGGAGCAGGAGCUCUAUGUGUUCAGUAGAGAUGGGAUCCACAGACAGACAGUCAGUCUGAUCACUGGAGAACCCCUCUAUAACUUCACCUACGGGCCGGACAGGGAGCUGGCUGCUGUGGCUGAUAACUGUAACAACACCCUGAGGGUGAGGAGGGACGGAUCUGGCCAGCUGAGGCUGGUGCUGCUGCCUGAGAACCAGGUGGUCACCCUGGGGUUGGACCCUGCCGGCGGCCUGCGCUCCGUAUCUGCCCUCAACCAGGAGGUGGCGGUGAUGAGCUAUGCUGCAAACACAGGCCUGCUGGCCUCCAAGGCUGACGAGACUGGAUGGACAAACUUUUAUGAGUAUGUGGGAAUUUACUUGUAAAUGUGUAAUGUGUAUAUGUGACUGUAAAUUAGCCUAACGUAUUCAGUGAUAUAACUCACAGUGAAGUGUGUUAAUAUGGGGUGAAGAACAGGAGCAAUAGCCAUUUAUUGGUGUGGAAAUAAUGCAUUAGUCAGAGAGAGUGAAAGAAGUCUGGAUUCUGUCAGGCCACACUGAGUCAAAUCAACAGUAUGGUCAUGUCACAUUGUCACCAUCUGGAGUCUGACUCUGGUACUGCUCUGAGUACUAGAAGACAUCUGUCGGUCUCACAUUCGACAAACAUUCCAGCACAUGUAGGAUUUUUCCUCCAUGGCCCCUAGACUCAGCUGCAUCCUACUCUUCCCAUGCAGGUAUGACAGUGAGGGGCGUCUGACUAACGUCACCUACCCCACGGGAGUGGUGACCAGCCUACACCGGGAGAUAGACCAAUCAAUCAGCAUCGACAUGGAGAGCUCCAACAGGGACAAUGACGUCACUGUCAUCACCAACCUGUCCUCUGUGGAGGCGUCCUACACUGUGGUGCAAGGUAACAAACAUGUCACCUAAAAGGAUCAUUCUCAUAUUUAAGCUACAGUGCUAUAACCCCCUGCCCAGCUCGCUCUCUCUGUCUCUCCAACACCAACAUCCUAGGGAACCUGACACUUUUUACAGUCCGAUGACAAAUGCGAUUAAGGAGAAAUCCAUUACCUGGGACGCAGUAAAUCUUCAUCUGUGUCUGUGGGUGCCAUAAGAGGUGGCUGCUGCCCAACAAGAAGGCCCCUGAUCCCAGAGCUUAUUUCAGCCGUUUAACAGGGAGGGGGAAAGAGCAGGAGAAAGUAUAGAUUUCCCUACUGACCCAUGGGGGUGUGACAGAAAAUAAAUGCAAUCUCAUCUGUACGUCUGGAAACUACUGGAGCCGUAAGAAUAAGAAUUGAAGAGAUUUAUAUGAAAGUGUGCCCUGGGGGGCUCGUAAAAGGGGGAAAGCGACUUGGCUACCUUAAACUGCACACUUUAUUUCAAUCUAAUGUGGGAGUUCUCACUGAAAUUGACUUUACAAAGUAAAUCUGGCUAUAAAGGCUUGCAAAGUUUGCUUCUACUGUUUCAGGGAGAUAAAUUGAGUUUGAAAGCCGUUAAAAGCUGGUUUUGAGUACUCUUGUCUGGUUAGACGUGUUCGGGAAGUUUCCCGCGUUAAACUCCAUGGAUUAUUUUGCUUCCAGGUACCUUUCCUCCUCAAAUGUAGUACAUGAUCUCAUUACUGCAUAUAAAUGGAAUAAAAGUCUCAUGUUCUGCAUUUUGCUGAGACUAAAAACCCUCUUAUCUUUGGUCAUGUCAUUAUGAGAGAGGAUACUUGUUAUUGUCUGGGAGAAAAGUACACAGAUCCAGCCCCAGAGACCGCAUUUCCCCUAAUGCAGAGCAUUCAAUCAGAUCAAAUGUAAUGUCUUCUCUGUAAUAAAACGUGCCCUCAGUUUCUCACUUCUAAUCCAACCUGUGUGUGUGUGUGUGUGUGUGUGUGUGUGUGUGUGUGUGUGUGUGUGUGUGUGUGCUGCUCCCCCUGCAGACCAAGUACGGAACAACUACCAGUUCUGUUACAAUGGUACUCUGAGAGUAUCGUAUGCCAAUGGCAUGGGCCUCAGCUUCCACACAGAGCCCCAUAUCCUAGCCGGCUCAGUCAGCCCUACCAUUGGUCAGCGCAACAUCAGUCUGCCCACCGACAGCGGGCUGAACUCUAUCGAGUGGAGGAUGAGGAAGGAACUCAUCAAGAGCAAAGUGACCGUCUAUGGCAGGAAGCUGAGGGUAAGCUGGACACAAUGCACUUAAAGUGCUCAGUCUCUAAUGUCAAUCCAUUUCUGGAGGUUUUUUAAUCAAUGCAGCUUGCUCUCUGUCAAACUGAAGUCCCUCUCUGUAUGGUAGCAUGUGUCACUGAGAAGGAAAAUAGAGCUAAAAUAUAGGAUUUGGAGAGUAAUAUUGUUGUUUUUAACUAUAUAUGAUACACAGCCAGCUCUGCUUGUACUAGCAUUGCUAGUUAGCAAAAGAGAGGAAAUUGAGUUUUUCACCCAUAAAAACAUCCUAUUUUAUCAGAAUGCAAAUGGUUUUACAGGCUUAGGAUGUCUUCCUCUCAUGUCUCAUGUACAGUCAGGUGCCAACCAUUUUUGACCUGACUGUACCUACUGUAUGUCCUCCCUCACACUCUGCACAGGCCCAUGGCAGGAACCUCCUCUCCAUUGAUUUUGACCGCAACACUCGCACAGAGAAGAUUUAUGACGACCACCGCAAGUUCACGCUGAGGAUCAUGUACGACCAGCAGGGCCGUCCAGCCACCUGGCUUCCCAGCAGCAGCCUGGCUGUGGUCAACGUGUCCUACUCCCCCACCGGACACCUGGUGGGCCUGCAGAGAGGCAGCAUGAGCCAGAGGAGCGAGUUUGACACCUUCGGACGCAUCCUCUCACGCACCUUUGUGGACGGGAAGGUUUGGCGCUUCAGCUAUCUGGAUAAGGUGAGGCAUUCUGCUAUACUACUGGAUGUGUCUGUGUGUGUGCUGUAAGCUGCCUGGGAACAGAGUUUUUACUCUUGCCUGUCCCUGAGUUUUGUUGUUUGAAGUUAUUCUCUUUCUUCCUCCCCAGUCCAUGGUGCUGCUCCUCCAGCAGAGUCAGAGGCAGUAUGUGUUUGAGUUUGACACCUCAGGGCGUCUCACCUCUGUCACCAUGCCCAGCAUGGCCAGACACACCAUGUCCACCCACGUGUCCAUCGGCUACAUCCGCAACAUCUACAACCCUCCCGAGAGUAACGCCACCGUCAUCCACGACUUCAGCGAAGACGGACGACCCCGUGCCACUUUUUACCUGGGCACGGGUCGAAGCGUCAUCUAUAAGUAUGGCAAGCUGGCCAAGCUGUCUGAGGUUCUGUACGACGGCACAGCUGUGACGUUCGGCUACGACGAGACAGCCGGAGUGUUGAAGAUGGUUAACCUGCAGAGUGGGGGAUUCUCCUGCACCAUCCGAUACCGUAAAGUAGGCCCCCUAGUGGACAAACAGAUGUACCGCUUCUCUGAGGAGGGCAUGGUCAACGCCCGUUUUGACUACACCUACCACGAUAACAGCUUCCGUGUGGCCAGCAUCAAGCCUGUGAUCGGCGAGACGCCCCUGCCCGUGGACCUCUACCGCUACGAUGACAUCUCAGGCAAGGUGGAGCACUUUGGCAAGUUUGGCAUUAUCUACUAUGACGUUAAUCAGAUAAUCACCACGGCAGUGAUGACCCUCAGCAAGCACUUUGACGCCCACGGCCGCAUCAAAGAGGUGCAGUACGAGAUCUUCCGCUCGCUCAUGUACUGGAUGACGGUACAGUAUGACAGCAUGGGCCGGGUCAUCAAGAGAGAGCUGAAGAUCGGGCCGUAUGCUAACACAACACAGUACCGCUAUGAGUACGACGGGGACGGACAGCUUGUCGGGGUCAAAGUCAACGACUGGUCCACCUGGCGCUACAGCUACGACCUGAACGGCAACCUGCACCUGCUGAACCCUGGGAACAGCGCCCGCCUGCUGCCGCUGCGCUACGACCUGCGCGACCGCAUCACCCGCCUGGGCGACAUGCAGUACCGCGUGGAUGAGGACGGUGUCCUGAGCCAGCGUGGCGCCGACGUCUUCAUCUACAACUCCAACGGGCUGCUGGAGCAGGCGUACAGCCGCACACCGGGGGGGUGGAGCGUCCGCUACCGCUACGACGGCCUGGGCCGCCGCGUCUCCAGGAAGACCAACGAGGGAGAGCACCUGCAGUUCUUCUACGCAGAUCUCAACUACCCCGGCAGGAUCAACCCACGUGUACAACCACUCUGGAGGGGAGAUCACCUCUUUCUACUACGACCUGCAGGGCCAUCUGUUUGCCAUGGAGGUGACCGGCGGGGAGGAGUACUACAUCGCCUCGGACAACACGGGCACGCCGCUCGCCGUCUUCAGCAGCAACGGACAGAUGGUCAAGCAGCUCCAGUACACUGCCUACGGGGAGGUGUACCACGACUCCAACCCUGACUUCAACAUGGUGGUGGGCUUCCACGGGGGGCUCUACGACCCACUCACCAAGCUGGUGCACUUUGGCCAGAGGGACUACGAUGUGCUGGCAGGCAGAUGGACUGCUCCAGACCAUAAACUCCUACCUAAAAUUGGCAAGGAGCCGUCCCCGUUCAAUCUGUACAUGUUCAAGAACAACAACCCACUCAGUGAUAUGAUAGACAUCAAGAGCUAUGUGACAGGUAAGGAUGAUUGUGUUAGCUUUUUUUUUGACCUGUUAUGAAAAAAGAUCCAUCAAGUAAGGUACUGUAAGUAUGUUGUUAUGACAUCUUGACAUGUUUUAAUUCAUUAAUACGCUUGCCCUAUUUUGCAGAUGUGAAGAGCUGGCUGGUGAUGUUUGGUUUCCAGCUCAGUAACAUCAUACCAGGCUUCCCCAGACACCCCAUGUAUUUUGUUGACCCGCCUUAUGAACUAUUGGCAAGCCAGGACUGUGAGACUGCUCAGGUGAGUUAUUUAUCAAAUACGUAUUUGAGCUACUGAUUACUGGGACUACACAGGCAAAUCUCCAUGUAUUUUAUGUUUAUUAAUUUAAACAAAACAAUCAAGUGACUGGCUGACCCUCUGCUCUGUCUCCAGCUGAUCACAGGGGUACAGCAUGCAGCAGAGCGCCACAACCAGGCCUUCAUGGCCCUGGAGGGGAGGCUGCUCAACAAGGAGCGCCGGGCCAAACGGGACAAGCCUGGGUACUGGUUCGGCACGAAGAUCCCCAUCGUGGGCCGGGGCAUGAUGCUGGCCAUUAAGGAGGGCCAUGUGGUGACGGGAGUGUCCGGCCUGGCCAGUGAGGACAGCCGUAAGGUGGCCCAAGUCCUGAACAACGCCAUCUAUCUGGAGGGAACCCACUACACCAUAGACGGGAAGGACUGCCACUUCUUUGUGAAGCUGGGCCUGGCUGACAGUGACCUGCUGUCUCUGGGGCUGAGCAGUGGGAGGAAAGCCCUGGAGAAUGGCGUCAACGUGACCGUCAGCGGGCGCUCUCGUCGGGGCGUCACCGUGGAGAUCCACACGGUAGCGUUGUCCCUGAGUGUACGUUACGGCCUGGCGGCUGACGUGCUGGAGAAGGAGCGGGGUCGCCUGCUGGAGCAAGCCCACCAGAGGGCCCUGUCGGGGGCCUGGAUGAGGGAGCAGCAGUCUCUGAGAGAGAGCAGAGAGGGAGGGAGGCUGUGGGCAGAGGGAGAGCGGCAGCAGCUCCUGGCAGCAGGGAAGGUGCCAGGUUACGAUGGGUACUAUGUGCUGCCUGUGGAGCAGUACCCAGAACUGGCAGACAGCAGCAGCAACAUCCAGUUCCUCAGACAGAACGAGAUGGGCAGGAGGUAA